AUGACUGAGUCAAAGCCUUCGUCCAACACCCUUGAGGAAUUUUUAGAAGAGGGUAUCUUGGACUACGGGAUUAACACCGUCGCGUCGAGUGUCUAUGACAUACCUCCAGCUACGCCACCGGCGCGUGACACCACGCGCGUCGCGUCUAAUCCAUUCGUGGAACGCGAGUAG